AUGAUGUUUUCGCGCGUGAAGGAUGAGCUUAUGCGGCGUUUUUCAUUGGCGACUCCGGAGCGAAAUGACGAGUCUUUCCAUCGCAAAAUGCCCAUUGCUGGACUGCAGUCCCUUACUGCAUUGCCAAAUGGGCGUGAGAACACGGCCGAUGCCGUGAGGAAGAAAUCGAGGGCUUUGCCUGAGGAAGAAUCGCUGUACGACGAGGCGGCCCUCCGCAAAGUGCUUGCGAAGGAUACUGUGGAGCUCGAUGAAUUGUGCAGCACGUGCCGGAGCGGCUGUCCGGCCACCUUUCGUCGUGAAGUUUGGGGCUAUUUAACCGGAAAUUUGCAGCCGUUUCUCUCGAGUCGAGCCACGGUGCUUGCUCGCAAACGACAAGAGUACGUAGGAUAUGUUCAGUCAAGCUACAGUUCGAUUGACUGGGAUGCGGCGUUGAGGGCGGUGGAGACGGGAGGAACCGCGUGUGUCAAUUUGGCUCCAGCAGAAAUAAAAGACGGUGAUGAUGACACUUUUGUGGGUGCCUGUGCCACAAGUAGUGUUCGCCAGCGGCAGGUGGUGGGCGGGGCGCAGUAUGGUAUUGCCAGUGAGUCGGAGCUUCGUAUGCUUAAACAAAUCCGCAAGGAUGUGCCUCGCAUGUCUGCCGGUGUGGCGUAUCUUCAUCAUAAAAGAGUCAUGCUCUCUAUUGAACGAAUUUUGUACAUUUGGGCGCUACGUCAUCCGGCAUGCGGCUACGUGCAGGGAAUAAACGACCUUUUAAUCCCCUUCAUUAGUGUCGUCCUGUCAAGUCAGUUUUGUUCUUCCAAGACCGUGGCGGAGCUGCACUCGCUCACGGCGAGGGAAUUGGACGAGUUGUUCUCCACCGACGCCGUCAGUGAGGAGGAAUGGAUGUGUACCAUUGAGGCCGAUACGUAUUGGAUGGCGUCCCACCUCUUGAGUGGUAUGCAGGAGAACUACACAUACAACCAGAGGGGUAUUUACAGCAUGGUGCGCCAUUUGGAGGCGGUGACACGGGUAGUAAAUGUGAAGCUUUACAAGCAUCUAAUUGAAGAAUUGCAGAUUGAUUUCAAUCAAUUUGCGUUCCGUUGGAUGAACUGCCUGCUCCUUCGAGAGCUCAACGCCACACAGUCACUGCGGCUGUGGGACACGUACCUCGCUGAUGUAGAAAGGGACUGGUGUACCACUCAUGUCUACGUCUGCGCUGCACUUCUGAUUUGGUUUUCUCCCGUGCUGUGUAACGAGAGGGACUACGGCGUUGUGAUGAAAUUUUUGCAGAAUUUACCGACAGAAGAACUCAGCGCGCAGGAUUUUAACGCUCUCAUAUCACAAGGAGUCAUGAUGCAAAAGUUGUACAAUAACGCACUGAGGCACCUUUUGUAG